AUGGAAGCCGAGUUUCUCAUGUCAAGUUUGAUGGCAGACCGUAUGGGAAGUGGCUAUAUCGAAGAGGUGCACAGGAUACAAAGGCGUAUUGAGGAACUUAAACAAGUGCAAGAAGAGAAGAUGAAGGAGAUUUUCGAGGAAACUGAACACAAAGAAGGAGACAAUUUAGAACAAACGUUAAUGAAAACGAGGCGUAUUUCUGAAGUCCUUGAGAAAAUCAUUGAUGAGAGAAACGUCUGUAUGGAAAAGAUUGUCGAGAAGGUCAAGAAGGAGACGGAGAAGCAGAGGAACUUUGUAGAGAAGUUAGUACAAUCCAAGAAAAAGAAUGAGGAGAUCAUAAAGGAAAUGAAAAAACAACGAGAAAGCGAAUUUAAAAAAGAGAUGGAAAAUUUGGACACUUUGGCGUUAAAAAAGGAAUACCCGGAAGUCCAAGUUAUAACGGUGUCACUUCACACGUGGAAAGGAGACGAUUUCUUAAAUCACACAAACGACCCCAUAUGGAUGUGUAUGGACGGGUUCAAGUUGUGGAUCAAUAUGAGCGAAUGUAUAGAAAUCUUCGAUACAAAUAAAGAUGAAUUGACUCGAGACCACAUCAUUUCAGCGCUUUUGCUCAAAAAGAAUAUCGGAGUGUUUGUGUAUGGCGAUGGGGGGUAUGUCUUUGGUAUUUACUUGCAAGAACCCGUUGUUGUUUUGGAUAAGUGGGUGACUGAUACUCAUUACUUCAUUUUCACUUUACAACACAAAGGCGUGAUAAAGCAGAAGAGGUAUUUCCCAGAGAAACGUGAUGAGUGCUUUAAUUCGAUUAAGUUACACGGGAAAGGACACAUCUUUUUUGAAACUGCAAGAUUCAUGUUUUACACAAACCGAAAAGUCCGUAUUGCACAGGACAUAGACGAGUAUUAUAUUGGAAUGGGUGACGCCGACGAACUGGCUGGAAAGUCAAAUCCGAAUUUCUCCGACGCGAUGCGUGUUGUUGUAAUACAGUUCUACAAGCAUCUUACUUGA